CUUUCCCACGGUGUGGCACAGCCAGGUGGUGGGAUUCGAACCAUGGAUCACCGGGCCAGAAAAUGGUGGAACAGACUUCUGGGGAGAAAAUCUCGCGGCGACUCCAAAGAUCGGAAAGACUCUCGCGGCGGGGCUGGUCCAGGGCAGCAGCCACCUUACAAGGAGGAUUCCGACGCAGAAAACAGAAAACCAGACGAGGUCCCGAACGGGAACGCCAGAAAAAUCAGCGCCCAGACGUCUAAAAGCGCCCAGGUUCGCUCCAAGUGUAACCCGAAGCUUGCUGAAAGUUCCAACAGCGAGUUAUCGAGGUCUCAGCAAUCCAGCCCGUGGAGAAACCAUCUCAGUGUCUCCCACUCCGGUAGGUUUAAAGAGAAAAGAAAACAACGUGGAACUGUCUCUGACCGGCCUGAGCUGUACCACGGCCCGCCCAAACCACUAGAGACGGACUUAUGAAGCCUAAUAAUGUACAUACACCAUAGAACAAAUUUGCUUCUAUCCUGUCUACAGCUGAUGUAAAUAAGGACUCAAGUGAUUGUAAAUGUGCGCUUGUGACAACAUGUGUGCGAGAGAAAAAUUUGGAGGACACUAGAGACAACUUUGAACCAAUUUCAAUGUCUUGAUGAUCAAAGAAUCCUGUACAGAUGAAAAAAAAAGCUUUAAGAAAAAACUGUGACUGUGAAAAUGACAACCGGUUAUCAAAAUAUCUACAUGCUUACAGACUAUGCAUGAUUUGAAAUAGCCUAAGGCAACAACGCGAUGGAAAAGACAACACGGAACUUCUUUAAACUUAAAACCACUUGGGGGAAUAAAGACGCUCCUUGGCAAAAAGACAUCACAAGAACGGUUUACAUAAGGCUAUUGUUGCUAUUCAUGUGCGCUAAGAAGAUUUUGAGCCGCAGAGGGGCUUGUUUAAAGUUCAGCCGCCAUCUUGAAUCCGUGGGCCCUUUUUUGUUGUUCCGCGUCUUUUAUAAUCACUUUAAAAGCGUCUGAUGCAAAAUGGAGCCGCCCUACAAUUAGGCCAAAGGUGGAUCAGUGUUGUUGUCAUUACUACACGC